AUGGCAUGUGUGCAUGUCGAGUGCUUUGGCCAUUACAAGAAGUGGUGCCGCUGCCGUUGCCGCUGCAACUGCUGCGUCCACUGCCAUGCCACCCACGCCGCCGCUGACCCUUCCCGAGUCCACGAAUACGGCCCCUCGAUUGCCCCACCCCACAGGGUUCGCCACGUCCUCUCCGGAGCCUCGCUCGGCUCCUCCGCCGUCCCAUGCGCCGGCCUCCGCCCGCAGUACUCCUCCCUCACGCAGCGGGGCUACUACCCCGGCUGGCCGGACCGCGCCAACGAGGACAGCUUCUGCGUGAAGACGCAAUUCCAAGGCAACCCGGACCUCCACUUCUUCGGCGUGUUCGACGGCCACGGCGACUUCAGCGCCCAGUGCUCCGCGUUCGUCCGUGACAGGCUCACGGACAUCUUGGCCGGUGACCCUCGCCUGUGGGAAAACACCACGGAAGCAUACCGCUCGGCCUUCGCCGCCACGAACAUGGCGCUCCAUGAUAGCGAGAUCGACGAUUCCUCGAGUGGCACCACCGCGGUCACAGUUCUCGUUCGGGGGGACACCCUCGUCGUGGCAAACGUGGGGGACUCGUGGGUGGUGGCAGGCGUUUGGGACGGAGAUUGUGUGGUGGCGGAGGACUUGUCGAGCGACCAUAAGCCGCUCUGGGAGGACGAGCGCGAGAGGUUGAGGCAGUACGGGGCGAUGGUGUCGGGGGAGGAGGAUCCCAACGCACGGAGCUGGAGCGACGACGAGGAGACAUACAGACCUGACCCACCGAGGCUGUGGUGA